AUGAAGCUUUUUGAGUCGAAAUUUUCUAUUUUACUUAAUAUUAUCAUUAUAAUCUUAAUAAUAUACAACUCAAUAGUAUUUACAACAAAUAUUACACUUGAUACAUCAAGUAGGCGUAAAAUUUCAAAUUCAAUUUCCUUUCUCAAAGAAAAAAUUCAACCCAAACAAAGCAAAUUUUCUACAAAUCAUAGUAAAUAUCCCAAUUCGCCUCUACAUUUACCCCCAGCUCCAGAAGAUAUCAAUUACACUCAAGAAGAAUUGCAAGAAGCAAUUAAGGGGCUUAAUAUUCCUAUAUGGUCAAGAUCAUAUGUGCCUUGUGAUGAUAGUCGUAGUGAAAUUACAUGCACACAAGUUAUCAAAGCUUUUAGAGUUUUGAAUAACUGGUCAAAACAUAUAGAAAGAACAAAAUUUGAGGAUACAAAACAUUUUUACACAAUACACAAAAACUUUGGUGGGGUAGGAAAUCGUUUUGCCACUGAUAUGGCAACUUUUCUGAUUGCAUUAAUGCAAAAUCGAUCCUUUGUUAUUAACUCUGUCUAUCCUCGAGGGAUCAAAUACGGAAAUGGUCAAGCUUUCCAGUUCCAAAAGAAUGUUAUUUUACUUGAUGAAAAUAAUGAAAAAACGUAUGGACUCAAAGAAAAGAAUAAUGAUUCAAGCAUUGACUCCGAUGCAAAAUGGUAUACAUAUGAUUAUGAAACGGAGCUUCCCAAGAAAGAUUUAUAUUUUGACAGAUUAUUAUACGCAACUACUCCUUAUUUGAAUAGCCAAUUAUCAGAAUUUGCACGAAUCCACUUUGGAAUGCAUGCAGCAUAUUUCAUUUCCAAUUUUCUUACAAAAAUUCCAGAAAAAAAUAUAAAUUAUUCAAAAAAGUUACUUGAAAAAGUCCCUCCAGGUUAUAGAGUCUUUGGAGUUCACCUGAGGUUCCAAAAUCCUGGACAAUUUUAUUCUUAUAAUACUAGCGCAACUAUGAAAACAGUUACGAAAUUUUUGAAACAAAAAUUAGAAGAAAAGCCAACAAUAUUUAUAUUCGCAAGUGAUUCUGCUACAAUGGAGACAGAGUUCAUGAAAGAGUUUGCCAACAAUACAAUAUCAGCAAAUGUUAUUCGUAUUCCAGAUUACGACCAUGAUUCAGCACUUCUUGAUAUUACUUUGCUUGAGAUGUGUGAUGAAUGCUUGUUGACUUAUAGAUCUACUUUUUCAUAUGUUUGUGCAAUGAGAACAGGAAAAAGAGCUUGGUUUGUCGAAAAAGAGUCAAAUUAUGUUUUUCAAGCAUCAAAUUCGCAAGCAACAGCUAUUUCUGUCCUUUAUCAUCAACAUGAUAUAAAUGACUGGCAGUUAAAUAGAAGAGUUCAUGUUAAUGAUAAAAAUGAAGAAGCAUUAAGAUAUUACUUUAAGUAUUUGCUUAUAUAG